UGCUUCAUAUCUCGAAAAUUAGGGUUAAGAGUUUUCUCUCAGAGAGGCAGCGACUAGCGAGUGUAGCUCUUAUCAAAACUUCGCCUCCAUAACCAGCGGAACAGUCGCUCCUUCACUGACAGCUCUCAAUCAUGGCCGAGCAGACCGAGAAGGCAUUUCUGAAGCAGCCCAAAGUUUUCUUGAGUUCAAAGAAAACUGGGAAAGGGAAGAGACCUGGAAAGGGCGGGAACCGCUUCUGGAAGAGCAUUGGCUUGGGUUUCAAGACUCCAAGAGAGGCCAUUGAAGGAACCUAUAUUGAUAAGAAAUGCCCCUUCACUGGUACCGUUUCUAUCAGAGGCCGUAUCUUGGCUGGCACUUGUCAUAGUUCCAAGAUGAUGAGGUCAAUCAUUGUACGACGUAACUAUCUUCAUUUUGUGAAGAAGUACCAAAGGUAUGAGAAAAGACACUCUAACAUUCCUGCACAUGUAUCGCCAUGCUUCCGUGUGAGGGAAGGUGAUCAUGUUAUCAUUGGCCAGUGCAGGCCAUUGUCAAAAACCGUUAGAUUCAAUGUGUUGAAGGUGAUUCCUGCUGGAUCUUCUGCUGGUGGAAAGAAGGCCUUUACCGGGAUGUAAUUUUGGCUUUUUGCAAUUUCAUGGUAGGGUGCUGUCACAAGCAUAUGGUGUUAGGUUGUUUGUUGAUUUGAUUAUGUAAGGGAAACCUUUGGGAAUUUCUCAAUAUUCCUACCUUUAAAAAUUCGUGUACUUUUUUGCUACCAAAUGUUUUUCUGUUUCAGUUAAUUACUUAAAUCAUGGUUUUGACAAUGCCUAGUAGUUGGGAUCGGAAUCUUUCUGUCUCUGAGGAAUAUAUGGCUUUUCUUUUUAAGUGAA